AGGCGCAGCCAGGAGAGGUGACGGACGUGAAUCUGCAGGACACGGUGCCGCCCAGCCCCGAGGCGUUCUUCGCGCGCCACGAGGCAGCGGCCAACAUGCGAGUGCGGUGGAACCGCGGGGUGGCCACGCGCCUCUUCAGGGAGGGCGGCGACUGGAGCCGCCUGCUGCACCGCCUCGGCCUGCGCCUGCCCGUCUCCUUCGGCUGCGUCAUCCGCUUCCUGCUCAGGCCCAAGCUGGAAGUGUUGAGGGCGGUGGAGCAGCAGAUGAGGGAGGUGGAGCGGCCGGGGGUGAGCAGCAUCUGCAUCCACACGCGCACGCCCGACGAGAUGACGUGGACCAAUCGGGGGGAGGUGCUUGGUGGGGAGAAUGACGCUGCUGCAGAGCUGCUGGGAUGGGCCAGAAACAAGCUCUUGGCAUGUGCACAGAAGGUGGAGGAUUUUUGGAUCCCGGGGGAUGUGGCGGUGCGGUGGGUGUUUCUGAGCAACUCGCGGGACAUCAAGGAGGCGGUGCUGGCGCAGUACGGCGACAGCAAGGUGCUCACCACGGGCAUCACGCCGCUGCACACCGCCAUGGUGCGCGCGGCAGCGGCGCGUGUGGCGUCGUGGCAGACGUCGGUGGCGGAGUGGGUGCUGCUGACGCGCUGCUCGCUCUUCGUGGUCACCGAGUCGGGCUUCUCCAAGACCGCCGCACUCUUCUCGCUGCGCCCCCUCGCCAUCUACCUGCUCGCGCGCCACCACUACCGCAGCGCGCGCAACCAGUGGACCGACUCCUGCGACCCCGAGAGGCCCGCCUCCUUCGCCCUGCUGGGCGAGCGCUGGAGCGGCAUCUGA